AUGUUUAGUAGAACAAUUGCUUCUGCAAUCUCUCCGGUCUCUUCUUCUUCUUCCUCCUUGUCGUCUCUCUUACCCAACACAACCACCAAACCUUUCUUCUCCGGAUUCCGACAUCGAAUCCACCAUAAGCCUCUCCGAAUGACGACGACAACUCCCAAUUUAACCCCGAGAGCCACCACGCAACAGUUGGAGAAUGCUGAUCAGCUCAUCGAUUCCGUCGAAACUUUUAUCUUCGAUUGUGACGGAGUAAUUUGGAAAGGAGAUAAAUUGAUUGAGGGAGUUCCUGAGACUCUUGAUAUGCUCCGUGCCAAGGGGAAGAGGUUGGUUUUUGUUACCAAUAACUCAACAAAGUCUAGGAAACAAUAUGGUAAAAAGUUUGAGACUCUUGGCCUCAGUGUUAACGAGGAGGAGAUAUUUGCUUCUUCUUUUGCUGCAGCUGCAUACUUGCAAUCUAUCGAUUUCCCAAAAGAUAAGAAGGUGUACGUGAUCGGUGAGGAGGGUAUCUUGAAAGAGCUCGAGCUUGCUGGUUUUCAAUACCUUGGAGGUCCGGAGGAUGGUAAAAGGCAGAUUGAAUUGAAGCCAGGGUUUCUAAUGGAGCAUGAUCAUGAUGUGGGAGCCGUUGUGGUUGGAUUUGAUCGCUAUUUCAACUACUACAAAAUUCAGUAUGGAACACUCUGUAUCCGCGAAAACCCUGGGUGUCUUUUCAUUGCUACAAACCGAGAUGCUGUCACGCACCUUACCGAUGCUCAAGAAUGGGCAGGCGGUGGUUCUAUGGUUGGUGCUCUUGUUGGAUCAACUCAACGUGAGCCUCUUGUUGUUGGAAAACCUUCAACGUUUAUGAUGGACUAUUUAGCAGACAAAUUUGGAAUCCAAAAGUCACAGAUAUGCAUGGUUGGUGAUAGAUUGGACACUGACAUUUUGUUCGGGCAGAAUGGCGGUUGUAAAACUCUGCUUGUCCUAUCUGGUGUUACUUCAAUCUCAAUGUUGGAAAGCCCUGAGAACAAGAUACAACCAGAUUUCUACACGAGCAAGAUUUCCGAUUUUCUGUCUCCCAAAGCAGCGACUGUAUAA